UGUUGUCGAAGAAUAAAAUGACGUUUUGUGAAAUUAAAACGAACGACUGUGAUUUUUAUAGUGUAGUUGCUUAAAAUAAAGUGGACAUUUUAAUUUAACACGAAAUGGUUAUGCUAUUAUGGAAUUAACAUAAAUGAUGAUUUACAAGGACUCCCUCGAUUUGUUAACUUUAGCAAUACAUUGCCUUUGUACCUAAUCCCAUAAUUAAAAUGGAUGAGAGGAGGGUAGCUGACUACUUUGUGGUGGCUGGACUCCCUGAGACACCUGAGCUCCUGGAAGAUUCAGACUCUGGCCAUCUGAAAGGUUACAGCACAAAGGCACCAAUCACCGAUAUUGGCGUGGUGUUCCCAGGCCUAGGUGAAACAGUGCCCAAUGGGUACGAGCUGUUAGAACUGACACCAACAGGGCUGCCAGCGGAUUUGAACCAUGGGUCCAUUCGGUCCCCGGAGUGCUUUCUUUGUAUUCGACGGGGGAGGGACCGCCCGCCGCUUGUUGACAUAGGAGUAAUGUAUGACGGUAAAGAGCGUCUAAUGGCGGACGCAGAAAUGGUUCUCAAGUCAGUCGACGGUCGGCUAGCCAACGUUAACAACUCCACAGCCAAAACCUACAUCACGUACAGAAGAGCGCAACCCAGCGCGCCCUGCAACGCGUUGGUGGUCGUCGACAUUUGUGUCAUAGUGGCCAACAAGGGGGAAUGUCCACCGCAUGCGUUUUGUAUGAUCGCCAAGAAUUUAAAUAAAGGGUUAAUGGGCAGCGAUGUUUACUUGUGUUACAAGAAGUCAAUGAACCGUCCACCUCUAAUACCUUACAAACCAGAGGUACUAUUUAGGUAUCCAACAACAGACCGGCGUAGUUUAGUGUUUCCGACGUCUGUCCCAUUGUUCUGCCUGCCCAUGGGAGCGACGCUGGAGUUGUGGCCAAACACUGCCACCACUCCGAAACCAGUGUUCUCAACCUUUGUGCUCACUGUUGCUGACGCUACCGAUAAGGUGUACGGCUCAGCAGUGACAUUCUAUGAGGACUACCCACACACAGAUCUAUCUGAAACUCAAAUGGACCAGCUGGCGUGGCGGACAGGAGUGUCACACUCAACUCAUUCACUGCACGUCAACAAAUGUGUGUGUUUGCUAUCAAGAUGGCCGUUCAGUGACACUUUCGAACGGUGGCUGCUUUAUAUCCUUGAAAUGUCAUGGAGUAAACAACCGCUGAACAUACCAAUAGAGAGGUAUAUUAUCCACUUAUUAGAAGAGGUUCCGUUUCCAGAACCAAGAAUAUUAUUACAGUUGUCGCCGACGAAUCCUUCGGAUCGUGUGAUAGUGACGCGUAGGGACGACCAACCUCUAGUGAGGAGUGGGGCGGGAUUUAGACAGCUAUUGUUGAAUCUAGGCCCAGAUAACUGUUUGCUUCUGUUGGCUUUGGCGAUCACCGAACAAAAAAUACUUAUACAUUCGCUGAGGCCAGACACACUAACAGCGGUUUCGGAAGCUGUAUCAAGUCUACUAUUUCCUUUCAAAUGGCAAUGUCCGUACAUACCAUUGUGUCCAUUAGGUUUAGCUGAAGUUCUGCACGCGCCAUUGCCAUAUCUGAUUGGCGUUGACUCGAGAUUCUUCGAUCUCUUCGAACCACCACCAGACGUGACUUGUGUAGAUUUAGACACGAACAAUAUUACAAUAUGUGAAACACAACGGCAUAUUAUAUCAUUGAAGCUUUUACCGAAAAGACAAUCCAAGACUUUAAAACAAACAUUAGAACAACUAUAUGGCAAUAUUCGACCAGCAUCACCGGUACAUCAUUCAAAUGAAAGCAAGUACAACGGCGAACCUACCACUAGUUUAGAUAGGGAUUUUCAAAGGAGGAAAAAGGAGCACGCCCUAGAGCUGAGGAUCCAAGAGGCGUUCCUGCGCUUCAUGGCGGUGACGCUGGCGGGCUACCGCAGCCACCUGGUGCCCAUCACCAAGGCGCCCACGGUCGGCACCACCGACCCCCACGCCCUCUUCCACAUGGAGGCUUUCCUCGCCUCCAAGGAUAAGACGCAACACCGUUUCUUUUCUCUAAUGAUGCGCACGCAAAUGUUCACGCGCUUUAUAGAGGAACGCUCGUUCGUGUGCGACGAUCAAGGGCUCAGCUUCUUCGACGAAUGUAUAGAGAGGGUGUCCGCCGGUGACGAACAGUUGUUGGGCAGUGACGCGGCUAGUUCUUCAGAGAGGACCGUGUUUGUGUUGCCACCCGACCCGCCUGACCCUGAGGAAAUGUAUUCGUAUGAAAAGUUCGAGUUGGACAUAGCUCUAGUGGCGAAAUGCCGCAACAAAGCGCGCAGCGGGACAGUACAGGCGUUGCCCGCGGCUGCGCUCGCGUCGGCCGAGUCGUUAGCGGACGCCUCGCCAAUGGCGCGGCGCACUAAGCAGGAGAUUGCGCAGGCGCAGAGAUUAGCGCGCAAAGCAAAUCUAUCACCGGAAGCGUGGGCGAAAUGCCUCCUCGGCGCUUGUUACUCGCUGUACUUCUUAUCACUGCCGUGUCGCCUGAUGCUGUGCCGGGGGAGGGAACACGCGACCCUCCGCGCUGCGUACGAGUUGCUGGAGCGGGCCACUAAGCUGCGAGUGCCUUGUGACGAGGUAUGCUAUCGAGUAAUGAUGCAGCUAUGCGGGAUUCACUCUUUACCAGUGUUGGCUGUCCAACUGUUGUUCCUGAUGAAGCGAGCUGGACUACAACCCAAUGCUUUGACGUACGGGUAUUACAACCGAUGUGUGCUGGAAGCGGCUUGGCCUCAGGACAUGCCUAGUGGUUCCCAGCUGCUGUGGAACAAGCUGCGCGUGGCGGUGCUGGGCGCGGCGCAGUUCCGCGCGGCCGGCGCGCAGCGCGCGGCGCGCGGCGCGCGCGGCUCCGGGCAAGGAGGCACUGGAACCCUGCCCCGGGUGAGGUCAGCGGCCACCGUGGGCGAGGGCGCAGAGCUGGCGACGUUGGCUGGCUUGGCUGCGGAGCCCGCUAUAUCCACCACCAGCUUGGAUUCUGGUCGGUCAGCAGAAGCCAGGUCGACAGCGUUCGAGGCGCUGUGCCGACGCGGCAACAUCGUCCGCGGCCUCGACCCCGGCGCCCGUCCGCACGCCGCCGCCAUCUCCACCGCCGCCGGCAUACUCAUCACCGGUCAACCCUCAAAUCCCGACCUCAGUGAGAAAGCAAGACCUAGAUGUAACUCAUUAGGAAACGAAGAAAUAACACAAACUGCACCUUUGACUAUAGCGGAUAAGAGACAGACAAUCCACGCAAGCCCAGAUAGCCCGUCAGAUUUGCAUAUUCUGCAACGCUCGGAGAGUUUCGCGGGUGACGCGCAGAUACUGCAAAACUUACAGAGGCUAUCAUUUACUAGCGGCGCAUCAAAUACCAAAUCGCGGUGUAGUCGGACGCUCAGUUUCCCUGAGGAGCCCGAUAAGGAAGCGGCUGCCACGGAGUCAUUACACCCCGUUAGGGGGUCACCUCUCAAGCCGAGUGUGCCCUGUGUUGCCGGCAGAGUGUCCCCGCGCACGCCCGUGCUGGCGGACGACCCGCUGGGCGCGCUCGCGCCGCCCGCGCGCCCGCGCCCGCCCUCCCCACCCACCCCGCCGCAGCCUCGCCACGAGUUCAGCGUCAGCCCCAAGCUGUUCCACCGCCGCGGCAGCUUCCAGGAGGAGCCGGACACGCCAGGGAAACUGCACAGGAGCGAGACGGCGCCCGGCGGUACUGUGUCAUCGAGUUUGGCCAGUCUCGGGAACACGCUCAAGAACAGCUUCGGACGCUAUUCGCCCGCCCGACUGUCGUUGAGAAAGGAAAACAUGAAAAUCAGCAAGGCUAUGAUCGAGAGCUACUUCAGUCCCACGAGUAUAGCGGGCAAGAAAUCCAACGAGCUUCUCCAAAGCGGCCUGAGCAGUUUAAAGUUCGCGGCCACAAGUAUGGCGAAGAAGUUCGACGAGAUGAAGGAAGUCAUAUCUGCUAACUCGACGCCUGUCAAGAUGUCCAUAGGCAACACUACGAGUGGUCUAAGUAGCUUAAUAGUUGAAGAACAUUCCCCUGAUGGCUCGUCGGAAAUCAACACGGAUGAAUGGGCGACGGGUAACGCGUUUAGACGAGCGUCGAGCGACGCGGAGUUGGCGUGCGCGAUGGAGCGAGGGUCGCUCGCCACCUUACUGUCGCAUCUGCCUGAUAACCUUUAUCCCACACAACCUGAACCCUCAUCAGCCAACUACAGCGUCAUUGUCCAAAUGUCCAGCUGCUCCCAAUGCCACCAGUGCCUGGCCCUCCUGUACGACGAGGACAUCAUGGCGGGCUGGAGCGCCGACGACUCCAACCUCAACACGAGGUGUACGGCUUGCGGCCGACACACUGUGCCGUUACUGUGCCAACAGAUAAUCCGAACCGGUCAAACACAAGCAGAAAUAUUAAGUGUGCCUUAUUUAAACCCCCUAGUUUUGAGGAAAGAAUUCGAAUCUAUAUUAGGAAGAGAAGGCGACGCGUGCCUCGCUGAGCCGGAGUUUGUAGAGUCUCAUCCGAUAGUGUACUGGAAUCUGGUUUGGUUCCUCGAACGGGCCAAUAUAGAAAACCACCUCCCAGACUUGUUGUGCCCCGACUACCAGGCCAAGUACCACAGCUCCGACGCUCUGGCGGAUCAUGAGAAAAUCGGCGGCUGCAAAGUGUUAUGCAACUGGGACCAGCCCCGACUGCACGGCGAGGCGGGCACAGCCCUGCACCGCGCAUGGCGCGGACGACGCGCGGAGCACUCGCGCUCGCGCGCGCUGCGGGCGCUGCUGCUCAACGAACAGGACGCCACCACCACGCACGCUGUUGUAUUGUCUGUGCAAAGCGGUUUGCUGAGCAACGAUUUGUCCGACGCUCUCCACAAACUGGCCUCUUGGCGCGAAGCCACUAAUGGCAAUAAACGCUAUCACUCUUUCUACAGAGACAUCGUAUUCUUAGCUAUGACGGCCAUGGGUGAAAACAACAUAGACAUGGUGGCGCUACAACGCGAGUACAGUCGGGCGCUAGAACAGCUGGGACGCGAGACGCGGCCGCAGGAUCUUCCGCCCUCGCCCACCGCCGUCUGCUGCAGACAUUACUUCAAGCGGCUGAGGGUCGCCGCUGACGAGUGAUCAUCAUCAACAUUUAUUUUAGUCAAGAUACCAUAUUCCUCGCUAUGACGGCUAUGGGCGAGAACAACAUUGACUUUAUUUCAGGCGGUUUAGGGUCGCCGCUGACGAAUGAUCAUUAUCAUCAUCAGACAUAUGACACGAGAUCCGUCACGGCUCAGUUCAUCAUUUUAAUGUCCUCAUUGCUGGCCUUCAUCAUGGUUGGAUAAGGAGUACAGGCUAUGACAAACCACGCAAACUUGGAUCCCAUAUUCGUGGGUUUGACGGCUCAGGCCUUCCGAAGCACGGAGGACCUCGAGAUAAUACAUUUUUGGUCACCCAUCCAAUGACCUAGCAUAGCGGAAGUAGCUUAACUGCUAUAAUAACAGAGCGAGUGUUAUAUACGUUGUAGAAAAUAGAAAGUGCACUGCACGGAAUAUGGUUGUUAGUUGUCCAGAUUUGACUGAAUGUAAAAUAUACAUGGCCAAUUUAAAUUUGUUGACGCAUCAAUUUGAAACAAUGCCCAGAUGGUACACCGAAAUUUAUGAUAAACGUAAUAAUUCAAACAAUAAAAGAAUAUAGACAAUUUUGAGAACUGAAGAUAUUUUCUCAAAUUACAUAUUUAAAAGUAAUAAAGGUAUAUAAGAACAAAUUAUAUAUUGACCUGAGACAAAACUGUAUUAAAAUUGAUACUUGAAUUUGUGAAAAGUUUAAUGAAAUACCUAUAUUAAUACCUAGUAUAUGAAUAAUUUGAUUUAUUAAUCCAGUAUAGUGACUUCAUUAAAGAAAAAUUCAACAAUAAUAUUAUAACGCGAAUAUAAGAAUAGAUUUCAUAAAAUUUGUGAUUACUGUAUUUAUUCUAUGUAAAGAAAAUAUACUAAGUUACGUAAGUUUGCGAAUUUUGAAACUAAGUUAAAGUACUCAUAUUUCAAUAUUACUAUAUUUAUAUAGGCAACCAGAUAUCGUCGGUUUUUAACUUCAGCAAAACCGUGAUGCCUACUUUACAGUUAGCCAAACUUUGACAGAUUUGGUAUACAUUGCUGGUUUUCUUAGCGGUGAACGAAAGCUUAACAAACUACGCAAUAUCGGUUCAAUAUUUGGCGAUAGUGUGUAGCUGGCAUGACAAUCUCAUCUGUUUAAAAGUAAUGAAUAUUAUAAUAAUUAAAAAUUGUAAAAUAUAAUAUUUAUUCCUUGCGAGUCUGUUGUUGUUCGAAAUACCGCCGUCCAUCUAAUUUCGGCUGAAAUAUUAUGCAACAAAUCAUUUUCUGCCCGUCCAUUUCAUCGGGAUCAGUGUAAUUUUUUAAAACAAUCAAUUGAAAUAUAUUUCUCUAUAUCAAAAACUUUUACAUACAUUUAUAUUGCUUUUGAGUCCUAUAGAUCUACCGUUAAUCUUAGUCCUACUGAAUUCUAUAUGUAAUAUCAAAAUCACAUAUGUACUGCGAUGAUUUCCGCUAUUGUGUUUAGAAAGGCCUAAAGUAUGUCCCAGCACAAUAUCCUCUGAUGUGAUUCAAUGUAUUCAUUUCAUUAACAAUAAUUUUGCAUAUCCAUUAGUUUAGGGACGCGGGUGCUAGCUACAUGUAUGGUUUGUGUUCGUUACGAAACGAGUGUACAUAUUAUGUUGUAUAGUAUAGUUUUAGGCUUCGAUGGCAAUAUUCAAGAUUGUAGAUUUUGUGUUGUGUGAUGACUAAUUUAGUAACACGUUAAAUUCGUAAACGAAUGCUAGAGCUUAUGUGUGUUGACAGGAGUGAUGUCUUCGACAUAUUUUAUUCAAAGUAUAUUUCAGUUGCAAGUAAGCAAUGGUGACUGGAUUACUAGUAUACAUGCAUACAUACAUUUCAAUUACAUCAUAGUCACGGUUGGAGUUCAUACUUUAACAGUAAUAAGAUUUUUGAAACAAGGAGCUUCUGUUUUGUCUCCAAACUUAAAAUUUGCAGUGAAAGAAUGGAGCGAUAAAUUGCAAAUAUCAGGAUUUUCCUUAAUUUCCUUUAGCAUAUUCUAAAUUACUAAUUUAGUUCUCAUAAAAUGAUUUAUGUUAUUAUGUAAUAUGCAAAGUUGGAAAAUAUUUAUUUGAAAUAAUUUGCGCUGUUAAAAUAAACAAACAUGCAGUCUUGAUUUUAUGAUUUGCUAAUGUUUAGCAAGUUAAGUGAUAAGUAAUAUUAUAUUUUGGCUAUUAGGAUGAUAAAUAUAGACUGCUGAACCGGAAAGUAUUUAAAAUGUGUCAAUGUAAUGACUUUGUAAUGAAAUCGUAUUUUCCUAAUAUUACUUAACAUAAAAUUGAGAUAAUUAAGAUAUAAUGACAUUACACUUCAUGGCUUUAAGCCAUCAUUAUUUUUAUAACUUAUAAUGUUACACCAUUUCAUGCAAUAAUCACUGUCGUUUAUAUAAUUUAGUAGCAGAGCCUAAGUUAAUCCUCCAAGAAGAAGUGUUUGGAGUUGACAGUUUAUUUCAUUGAACUACUAAAUAACUCAUUGUUUAUCAAAUAUUACUGUAUGAAAUAUGUAACUAGACAAUGAAGAAAUAUGAUACUCAUUAUACUAACCAUUAAUCCAUUAACAUUAUAUUUUGAAAUAUCAAAAGCUUUGUUGUUAAGUUUACCUAAUUAUUUAUUGAUUAAUUGUAACUUAGUUCAUUUAAACAAAUUUUAAUUUAACUGAAGAAUAAUCAUGGAGUUAUAUAUUUUAUGCAGUAUAAGAAAUGGUAUACUGAAUUAUAAGUAUUAUAAUUAAUGUAGUAUUUUAAUAGCACUGCUUGAAAGGCAUAUAUAUGGCACAUACAGUUGUGUUUCUUAUUACGUGCAUUUGCAAUCCUUAGUAUACGUAGUACACGAAUAUGAAAGCCAUCAUAGUUUAUUUUACUCCCUAAAGUGAUCACAAAAGCCAUAUUUUUGUUCCAAUCAAAAUGUACAAUAGAGAUAGUCAUUCAAAUGUAUUUUGUAAUAUAUACUUUAAAAUUAAGCUAAAUAUUGUAAAUUUCAUAAUUAUUUUUCUGUGCAAUUCUAAAAUAAUGAAUCUUGUUCCACAAAAUUUUAUUAAAAGACAUGGCAUAUCCUUUGGAUAAAUUGUGAAAACACAUGGUUAAUUUUACCAUCAAACAUUUGUUAUUUUUGUUAUGGUCAAAUGAACUGCAUAUAAUUUUUAUAAUAAAAAAAUAUAUAAGGCUUCAUUA